AUGACUUCCAUCGGCAAUAUUAUUGAAAUGUCGAAUAGUAUCAAAAAAAAAGAGCUGCGCCAAAAUAAAAGUUUGCGUCUUAUUGUAUUUUUGAGUCUCGGUGACUUUCUAUUGGCUGUUGGAGGGUUACCCUAUGUGAUAUACGUUACAAUAAACUGGAACCCGAUCCAGUUGGAUUACGAUCCAUGGCUCAUGAUGUUGUUAGCACAGCCAUUGCCACUGCAGCUAAAGGUUUCAGCAAUUAUUACAGUUGGAAUAGCGUUGGGAAGGUGCAUUGCCCUAUUCUCUCCUUCAUUAUACCGACGCAUGGACCAAGGAGAUUAUUCCAUUUCGGUUAUUCUCUUGUCCAUCUUUUUUGCUAUAUUUGAUGACUUUCUCUACUGGUACUCAACUAAACUUGAGCAUCAUCCAGACUGCGGAGGUGUUGGGUGUUUUGUGGGAGAACAGUUCCUAAACUACUGGGGGCUUUCGAAUAUGGUUUUCGGUCUUAUGACCGUAUUCCUCUCCGCGUUGAUAUUUCACAAACUCCGUGUAGUGACCAAACAGAAAGGAUCUUUGAAUUCACAACAAGGACAAAACAAAUACACGAAAGCUCAUCGCACGUCGACUGGGAUUCUGAUGUCAUCCUUAUUAUUUCUCACGCUUCCCAGUGUAUGUGUUGGGAUAGUUGAACUGACGGGAUUCUCGGUGUUUAAGUUAAUCGGAGCGUUUUAUUUAGCCUGCUUGCUGAUCAGUGGUGAGAAUAACUUCCAAAAACUUUUGAAAGUAUAA